CUUAACAUUUAUAUUGCACAUGGAUUGAACAUAUUUUGACAUUCAAACAGAAAGUUGCAUGAAUCAGUUUGGUUCUGACUGUUGAGCUGGAUAGUAAAGUAUCAGUAAAAUAGAUUGAUAAUCUUAAUGGUGUAACUAUAUUUAUAUAUAUGUUCAAGUUGAGCGAUUUGUAUUGGCAAAUACAUAUAUUUUAGCAGGUCAUAGAAAGAAAAUAAGAAAUGAAGGUUAAACUCGAGGAACUCCUUUCUCAGCUUGGGAACCCUGGAAGGUAUCAGCUCAUUGUAUUCUUCCUCUUGUGCCUGAACUACUUUCCUCUAGUUUUCAACCAUGUCAUCAUGGCGUUCUUCGGCUCGAGGCCCACAUUUGAGUGUCAAUCAAGGAACUUUUCAUCCUCAACCCUCGGGGAUUGGUAUGACAACGUGACAAUGGGGAUCGGGUCAUACGGCAAUGUCAGCGGGCUGAUUAUAGAAAGUUCGGACAUUGGCAGGUGCAGCUCCACCUACCACGUGAGGGGAGGGGAGAAUGUGACCGUCACUUGCCCGGUAGAUCCUAAUGGUUUGGUCGUGUACCAGAAAACUGAACAGUUUUCCUCAAUUGUCACUGAGUGGGACCUGAUAUGUGACCAAUCCUACCUAUCGUCCCUGGCAACCACCAUCUACUUCUGCGGUGUCAUGGUUGGUGGAGUGAUAUUUGGCCACCUAGCGGACAAAUGCGGCCGGAAGCCGGUGAUGCUGGCAUCCCUCUUCCUACCCACCAUCGUGGGCCUGGGUACCGCGUUCGCCCCGUGGUACUCCGUGUUUGUGGCCCUUAGGUUCGCUCAAGGAGUUCUCAUGCAGGGACUCCAGACGUCCACGUAUACACUGGCGAUGGAGCUUUUCCUGCCUCAGCACCGGAGCUACGCGGGUGCCGUGCUGGAGUGCUUCUGGGGCCUGGCGGUGAUGGCCGUCCCGCUCCUCGCUUAUCUCAUCCCGAACUGGCGCCACCUACAGGUCGUCAUAGCACUACCCAGCAUCCUUGCCCUCCCCUAUAUAUGUUUAAUGCCUGAGUCCCUGCGAUGGUUGAUCAUGCGUAAUCGUCUCGAUGACGCCGAGCAGCUUGUUACCAAGGUUACCAAGGUAAACAAGAUGGCGUUCCCUCAGCGUUCUUGGGAUGACGUCAAACUGCAGAUGAGUGUGGCUGAGAAUGACAACAAGCAGUAUUCGGUUUUAGAUGUUCUGAGGACACCAAACCUGAGAAAACGGAGCUUGAUCCUGUUCUAUCUCUGGUUCGCGAUAUCAAUCGGUUACUAUGGGUUGACAUGGCAACUGACCAGUCUCCCUGGCAAUAAGUACCUGAACUUCUUCAUCGCGGGUUCCGUGGAGUUUGUUGCGUAUACACUCGUCAUCUACAUAACUAAAAGAUUCGGCAGAAAGCGGCCUUUGAUGACGUACUUCUUCUUGGCGUCUGCGUUCAUGGUUGGUUCGGGGACGUUGCCGCUCCUGGCUUCCGGUCCCAGUAUUCCUCUGAUAUCCAGCGGCCUUGCGAUAUGUGGAAAGUUCGCCAUGGGCGGGCUUUUCAGUGUCAUCUUCCUGUACACAUCGGAACUCUACCCCACUGUUGUACGGAAUAUCGGGAUGGGCAGUUGCGCGUUCUGGACCCGAGUUGGCGGAGUUAUAGCACCGCAGAUGCUCGCACUGAACCUGCUGGUGGACGGUAUGAAGUCCUUGUCGCUCGUGCUUUGCGGCCUGGUGACGCUCCUGGGUGGUUUUCUGGCGAUCAUGCUGCCGGAGACGCUCGGACGCAAGCUUCCGGACAACCUGGAUGACGUGGAGGGCACGGGUUCUAAUAGUGACCUGUACGUAAUAGCGGGAGCCGAAGAGAUGAAACGACUUGGCGAGCAGACGGAACGACUUUAAACUGUUAUCGAAACAUUGCGACAGAAAUCCAAGUGUUGUUUCUUAUCUCAUAGAUUCUGGGACAUUUCAGUAAUUUGCCUCAGAGCGACUACGUACCUAAUAGUGAUGGUCGUUGCGAGAAAAAAGAUUACCGUAAUGUUUUUCUGUCUCUGUACCCCGUCAAAUGAGUCAGCGCUGUUUAGGGGAGAUGUGACUGUUUUCACCACAGUUAAGACUCCCAACAAAGUGUGUGGAACGUCUGUGGUUUAAACAUUCCCAUGUCUUUUAAAAUCAAAUAAGACCAUACCAAAAUGAAUCUAUGUUUAAAGCUUCGGGUUAUAACCUUCUAGGGAUGGUACACUUUGUGACUUGCCAGUUCCUAUAUCAUUGAAUGUAAAUUGGUGUGAUUAAUGACAUUCUUCUUUACCUAAUUUAUGUUUAUUUUAAAUUAGCAUUUAAAUGUACUUUUCUGUGGAUUUUUAUAAGCAAUUGUUUUGGGUGGUUUAGAAAGCUCCAAACCUCCCAGCCACAUGGCACUAAUCACAGAACCAGUUUGGUAUGGCCUAAAGUAAAAUAAAAAAUAAAUAAAACAAACAAUUACACUAGGUGCCCUGGUUAAUCAAAAUACAUUAUAAUUAGAUACUGUAGUUUCAGCUUUAAAAUGGUUGACUGCGGUACAUUUUGGCCAAAAAAAUCAUUUAUAUCUGUACUCUUCUUUGUAAAUUAAUUAGAAAUGAGAUAUAAUUAUACUGGAUAUGAAUAUUUUCAAAUCGAUCCAAUCGGAAUGAGGGUCCUAAAAUUCCAGCCAUUGAGAAGAGUGCAGACAUAAAUGACAGCAUACAGCCAGUGGCGCGCCUAGUUCUUAGUACCUAAACAGUGUUGGUCGGUCGUUUAAAUCUGUUUGUGUGUUUGCGUCAUAUAUAGAUUGAAUUCUUCUCUACUUUAUUAAAUGUGUGGUAAUACAUGUUAAUCACAGUUUAUAUGUAUUUUCUUGAAUGUUUUUUUUCACGAAGUACUGUCUAAAUAUGUUUUCUUGAAUGUUUGCUCACGAAGCACAGUCUAAAUGUACUUUCUUGAUGUUUGCUCACGAAGCACAGUCUAAAUAUACUUUUUGAAUGUUUGGUCACGAAGCACCGUCUUAAUGUACUUUCUUGAAUGUUUGGUCACGAAGCACAGUCUUAAUGAACUCUUUUGAAUGUUUGGUCACGAAGCACAGUCUUAAUGAACUCUUUUGAAUGUUUGGUCACGAAGCACAGUCUUAAUGUACUUUCUUGAAUGUUUGGUCACGAAGCACAGUCUUAAUGUACUCUUUUGAACGUUUGGUCACGAAGCACAGUCUUAAUUUACUUUCUUGAAUGUUUGGUCACGAAGCAAAGUCUUAAUGUACUUUCUUGAGUGUUUGAUUAUAAAACACAGUCUAAAUGAACUUUCUUGAAUGCUUGGUCACGAAGCACAGCCUAAAUGUACUUUCUAGAAUGUUUGGUCACGAAGCACAGUUUUAAUGUACUUUCUCGAAUGUUUUGUCAUGAAGCAUAAUCUUAAUGUACUUUCCUAAUGUUUUGUCAUGAAGUACAGUUUUAAUGUACUUUCUCGAAUGUUUUGUCAUGAAGCAUAGUCUUAAUGUACUUUCUUGAAUGUUUGAUCACGUAGUACAGCCUUAAUGUACUUUCCUAAUGUUUGGUCACGAAGUACAGUCUUAAUGUACUUUCUUGAAUGUCUGGUCACAAAGCACAUUCUUUACGAACUUUUUUUAUAUGUUUGGUUACAAAGAACAAAAGUGUAUGUUCUUGAAUGUUUGUAGGUGUGUGUUCGUGCGUACGUGCAUGCGCGCGUGUAUGCGCGUGAGCGCGUGUGUGUUUUUCAAUGUGUACUUUUAAAAAUGUAAGCGUGCAGAUACUGUCACAUUCCAUGCUGUUGCUCUUUUAAUUUGUGUGAACAAACGAGCAUCUGAGCAAAUAUCAUUUGUAUUUCACUUUAAGAAUAAAUGUGUGGAAUUGAUUAA